AAUCCAAAAUGUUUAUCUUUAAGUGACAAGAAUUAGUGAAGCCGAAAAGAGUACCAGAAAACAAUCUUCCAUUGAAUCAAAGAAUUUUAGUCCAACGGAGAACACAGAUGGAGAUGUUCCCCACUUGUAGCCUGCUUGCCUCAUCACCACACAAAAUGGGAAAGAAGCAGAAUGGCAAAGGUAAAAAAGUUGAAGAGGCAGAACCUGAAGAAUUUGUUGUGGAGAAGGUCCUGGACAGACGUGUUGUAAAUGGAAAGGUGGAAUACUACUUGAAGUGGAAAGGAUUUACAGAUGCUGACAACACAUGGGAACCUGAAGAAAACUUAGAUUGUCCAGAGCUAAUCGAAGCUUUUCUGAACUCUCAGAAAGCUGGUAAAGAAAAAACAGAUGGUGCCAAAAGAAAAUCUUUGUCAGAUAGUGAAUCUGAUGACAGUAAAUCAAAGAAAAAGCGGGAUUCUGUUGAUAAACCAAGAGGCUUUGCAAGGGGUCUUGAUCCUGAGCGGAUAAUUGGGGCUACGGAUAGCAGCGGAGAGCUUAUGUUCCUCAUGAAAUGGAAAGACUCUGAUGAGGCAGAUCUGGUGCUGGCCAAAGAAGCUAACGUGAAGUGUCCUCAGAUCGUAAUCGCUUUUUAUGAAGAACGACUAACUUGGCAUUCAUGCCCAGAAGAUGAAGCACAAUAAUUGUUUGCAUUGCUUUUUUAUAUAUAUGAAUAUUAAAACCUGAAAUCUGAUUUAUUAGCAAUGUGAGAAGCAUACAUUCUAACAAGAAUCAAAUUUGAUAUUUUUUUGAAGUAGUAUGUUUUGCAUCAACAGCAAGUAAAUAAAAGCUUUCUGCAACUUGUUUCAUUUAUCACAAGAGAGCAUUUGAUACUACUACUUCCUCCAUACUAGGUAAAAGCUUUUAUAAAACAUUCAUAAACUUCCGUAGUUAUUACAGAAUCAUAAUGAAUGUCUGAGCAAACUCACAGAUGUUUUGUAGUCUUCUAUACUAUUGAUGUGCAUGUAUCAUCUUUACUGAAACCUAGCCCUUUAAACCUGUAGAGUCAUUCUUUUUAGUAUUUGAGAUCACUUGGUCACAAGAAGGACCAGGUGAAAACUAACUUUGUAGUAAUUUGAAUGUUAUCAGACUGUAUAUUGUUUACUUUAUUGUAAAUACUGGUGAACAGUGGUCAAUAAAAUAGUUUUAUAUUCU